UAUAAAACAGCUGAUGAAAUUGAAAAGAAAUAAGAUUUGGUGAAGAUAUAAAGAUAUAAAACAAUUAAUAUAAACACAGCUGAUUAGAUUGAGUUGGCAAUCGAUCAUCCGAGCACGACUAUUCAGACAUUCCCGUUUGUAAGUCUCUCUCUCUCAGUAGACGUCAUCCCCCUCCUCAUAGUCUCUCUCGAUAUAUAAACUCACCUCACCACUUUCUAACUCUUACUCAUCUCUCUUUCUAUCUCUUUCUCAAUUUAUCUAUCUUUACAUUGUUUAUCUCGAUGGGAUCAACAGCGGCGGGAGCUCUCCUCCUCCUCCUCCUAGCCGUAGUCCCUGCUGUCUUCGCCGUCACUUUUCAGGUCGGCGAUAUUGGUUUCUGGAACAGUGGUGUCGAUUACACGGAUUGGGUUACUGGAAAGACUUUCAGGGUCGGUGAUACUCUAGAGUUCCAAUACGGACCUUCACACUCGGUGGCUAUGGUGAAUAAAGCUGGCUUUGAUGCCUGUGACAGUACCGGAGCAACGCAGACAUUCUCCGGUGGAGACACUAAGAUCGAUCUUACAACAGUUGGAACUAUGCAUUUCAUUUGCCCUACUCCUGGUCACUGCCAAGGUGGCAUGAAACUCGCGGUUACCGUCCUUGCCGCUGUUCCACCUCCAGCCACCCCGUCACCACCUCCUUCCCCAAAAUCUCCACCGCCUUCCCCUCGAACUCCACCGUCUUCCACUCCUUCCCCAAAAUCUCCACCGUCUUCCACUCCUCCCAAGCCUGCACCUCACUCUCCGCGUAAACCUAAAACUCCGCCUCCAUCCGCUUCUCCACCAGCCAAUGGCACACCGAAGUCAGAGUCGCCAUCCUCGCCGUCUCCAACGACCCCCUCGCCGUCUCCAAUGACGUCCCCCUCACCGUCUCCAUCGCCACCAAUUAACGCAGUGUCUAAGGGAGUCAUGAUGAGCUAUGGAAUGAUGGCGAUCACCAUGUUAUUGAUGUACGGUAUCAUGAGCUAAGUUACAGAGUGGAGACAGAGCUUUGUUUCCUGCUCAAUAAUUUUUUUGGUCUUCGAUCUUUGGAACCACUACUACUUUCAUCAUCUUAUGUGUAAUAAAUCAUUUUUCUUUCAACAACAAUUUUCCCUUCAUGUUAUUUUGAUUUUGGAACUGAUCAUCGUCAGACCAUUAUAAAUCAUGUUCUACAUGGUUAUUGAGUAAAUCACAAAACCAUAUUCCAUUUUGAUUUAUUAUGAUAUAAUGUAAAUUCAAU